AUGGAGGAUACUCGAUUUGAUUCUUCUCGCAAACGGCCACGACCAGUUGUUUCUUGUUUGCGAUGUCGUGAAAAGAAAUUGAAAUGCGAUCGACUCUUACCAUGUCAAAAUUGUACCAAGAUACCUAGUGGCCCAGCUGAAUGUACUUACAAUCACGACCCUUCAAAAUCCAUUUCAAAAUCCAGACCUUCAACACAUUCACCAGGAGAUCGUACUCCUGAUCUUAAAUUCGCACCAACCAUAGGAAACAAUUCGAACAUUGUUCAGGGCAAUGGUGGGGUCGGCGUUGUUGAGGAGCUUCAAUCCCGUGUCGCAAGGCUUGAAGAAUUACUUCAAGUUACGGGAAAGUUAUCGAAUAUUCAAAAGUUACCAUCACAGCCAUCACCAAUUCAUAAAGUUUCGAAACGUACAAAUGCUCCUUCAAGAUUGAUACCGGGACUCUGCACCUUGAUUGUGAAAGGGUCGAGGAGUAGAUAUCAUGGUCAAAAUGAUCGAAUCACCUUGUUAAAUCAGUUUCCUGAGGCAAAAGACUUCAUAAACAAGAGUGCAACAAGUAAUACUUCCAUCAUCAAUCUUGCUAAAGAUGUUCAAUAUCUGCAGCAAAAAUCUCAAAGUCAUUUCAGGAUGCGAAAAGAGACAUUGAGCCAAGAAAGUGCUGCAGUUCUUUCAAAACUUCGAGAGUUUCUUCCUGGAAAACCUGUUUGUGAUAGGUUAUUGAAGAUCUAUACUGAAAAUUUCGAAAAGAGUUCAAGGAUCCUUCAUGUGCCCUCCUUCCUUCGGCUUUACUCGCACUUUUGGACUUCUCCCGACGAUAAAAUAUUUCAAUCUUCACCAUUUUUACCUCAAUUGACGGCCAUACUAGCGAUCUGUUAUAAGUUCCUCGAUAGUGAUUCGGGAUUUGACGAUGACCAGAAGACGUAUUUGGAAAUGGCAUCACUCGAGCUUGUGGCGGCUUGGACCGAUACUCUAAGUCGAAAGCAGGCAAUUGAUAUAUCAACUUUGCAAAUCGAAACGCUGCUUUUACUUGCUCGACAACUACAACUUAUCUCUUCAGAUAAGCUCUGGUGUGCUACGGGGGCUUUGGUUCGUUCUGCCAUGGUGAUGGGACUUCACUUGAGACCAGCGGACUUUAAGAAGAUUUCACCGUUUCAUGCUGAGUUAAGACGAAGACUUUGGGCAACAAUUGUUCAAAUGGACCUACAAGCAUCCAUGGCUGCGAGCAUGCCCAGUAUUGUUCCUGACAUAGACUUUACUCAAUUGGCUCCAGCAAAUUUGAAUGAUGCGGAUUUUGAUGAAUCUACAACUGAACUUCCUCCUUCAAGGCCUUUAUAUGAAUGGACCGACUCUCUCGCCCAGGUCACAUUAGCCAUGUCGUUGGCGCAACAACUCAAGGUUGUUUCACUUAUCAGAGAUAUUAGUCCUAAUAUGGAUCUUACAGAAGUUGUUCGAGAAGGAAGGAAAUUGGAGGAACUUUUACGACGUGUUCCAGUACCACUCAAAUUAGAUGGAACACUUCAACGCUCUCCUUCUCAUCUAUUAGAUUGUGUCUUAUUGGAUAUAUAUCUGAGGAGACCUUUUCUCAAUCUUUACCGAUUGCUUUUAUGGGAAGAGCGACAAGAUGAUCCAUUAUUCCGAGAGAUGCAACAAAUUUGUUUGGAAUCGUCAGUUGCCAUUGUUUCUUAUCAAGAUUAUUUUGAUCCCUCAGUGGCAGAUUUGGAUUUGUUGAGUACAAACUUGCAUUGGACAAUGUUUCAAAUUUGUUGCAAGAACGACGUUUUAGCCGCUGUCUUGAGCAUCUGUCAAUAUAUCAAAGCAUCUGCAUCAGGGUCUCAAAGCAAUGAGCCCAGUCCAGGAUUUACACCCAAUCAAUUCCCAACAACCUUACCUAGCCCUCCAGCAACAAAUACACAUUUUUCAAAAGCCAGGCUUACUAGGAUAGUAGAAGGUACACUAGAAGGCUUCACUAAGAGAGUGGGGGAAUUUGGUAGUGAUCUCAAAGAUGUUCUCAUUCUUUCUGUGGCGAUGCAAUCCGUACGAGCGAAUGGUACAUCGAAUCUAAAAGAGAAUUUGAUGCACGAAGGUUCCAAGAAAGCAUUGUUAGCAUGCAGGCAGACGCUGCUACAAUCCUUUCCUGAUGAAGAAAUGAAACUUCCAUCCAACAAUCCAGAACUGAAAGAGGAUAGUAAGAAUAAUAUCAGAGCAACACCUGCAGUGGAUAUCCCAAUGUCUACUGUGGACCAAGCCAUUUAUACCUCCCAGCCAGGAUAUGUAGAUCAGUUAGCCACUUUUGCGGCUGAUGCGAAUCAGUUUCAGGGUGACAUCUUUGAUUUUUCAGAUGCUGGUAUAUUUAAUGUGGACAAUGAUUGGAGUUACAACGAGUUUUGGCAAUAA